AUGGCUACGGCAAUCUCCUCGAUCACAGCGACUCUCCAUCAUCUCCGUUCCAAAACUCUCUUCUCCUACAUCAAAAACCCCAAGACCUUCAUCAUAUCUUUACAAAAUAUUCUCAAAACUAUGAGGUCUACAAAAAACCAACUACGUUUCCAUGCGACAUUGAUCCGUCGACAUUCCCAGCCCUUCUUGUUUUUUCUGGAGAACUACCAGGGGGCACCGCAUUUUAAACAUUGGAAGAGGUUUAAUCCUUAUAGGAAACAUUGUUUGAGGGUUUUGUUGACGGUUUUUGAUGGUGCUAUUACUGAGGUUGAGAGAGAUGAGGAAGUCGUGGCAGAAAUAUUGAGGAAUCCGCUUGGGAGGAGCGUUCUUGGGGUUUUGAAGAGUGGGAGGGGGGCUGAAGAUGUUAUUUUACGCUGGAGUAUCGGAGUAAAAAAUCGCUGGCUCGGUCGUCUAAUCCUAGACAGUUGGACACAAGAAGCCGACGCCGACGGAGAACCACAAGGGUUGGCAAGCUGUAGUAUCAAAGAUGUUGUUCAUCUCAUGGCAGCUGUCUGGGAGGAGGAAGCGGAGAAGAUAUACUUUCAUACCGGUGUUUCGGAGGAGCCUGGACCACGACCGAUUGGAGGGAAUGAUGGAGAAAGCAGGACUCAAAAAGAUCAUGUGGAGGAGGUUGUGCAGGAGGAGGAGGAGUUUGAGGCUUGGAGACCUUUUAAGGGACCGCCCUGCUUGAAGAGGAAGGAUGCACUACACUUGGUUUAUAGGGAUUGA